AUGAGCACCUCAAAGGUUACUUCAAAGUCGACGGCCAGCGCCGUCGCUACACCGGUGGAGAUAGAUGCCUCUUCAGAUAUCAGUACUCCCUCCGCAGAGUACGGUGGGUGGAAGAAGAGUGUUUAUAAGGAUUAUGCGCUUCAGAUGAUCGUUGAAUUCAUAGGCACCUUUCUCUUCCUCCUCUUCGCCUUUGGCGGCACCCAAGCCGCAAAAGUCAACUGGGACUACGCCGCCCCGAACCCCGCCCAUAACCCCACAAAAGCCGUCGCAUCGCCCGAUCUCCUCCUCUACAUCGCCGUCGCUUUUGGUCUCUCACUCACAGUAAAUGUGUUUGUCUUCUACCGUGUCAGCGGUGGCCUCUUCAACCCCGCGAUCACAACGGGACUUGUGGUCAUUGGCGCGAUGAGCCCGUUGAAGGGAGCCUUGCUCGGUGCGUCGCAGUUGCUAGGAGGGAUCGCUGCGUCGGCGGUGGUUGCGGGAUUGUUGCCGGGAGGUUUGGCGGUCGGGACGGCUCUGGCACCGGGAGUUUCAACUGUGCAGGGAUUGUUUCUGGAAAUGUUCUUGACUGCGGAACUCAUGAUUACGAUCUUCCUUCUUGCCGUUGAGAAGCACCGCGCAACGUAUAUUGCGCCUCUUGGUAUCGGCGCUUCCUUCUUCAUCACCCAGCUGUUCGGUGUUUACUUCACCGGAGGCUCCCUAAAUCCCGCACGAUCUUUCGGCCCGGCUGUCGUGACAGGCGACUUCCCAAGCUACCAUUGGAUCUAUUGGCUCGGACCAGUAAUGGGCGCAUGCCUCGCCGCAGGAGUAUACAAAAUCCUCCUCCUCGCAGACUACACGACCAUCAACCCCGGCCAGGACGAGGAUGGCCUCACCUCUGUUGAGUCUGUCCUCACCGCCAUGCGCAAGGGUAACGGCAUCACCAGGGCCGAUGGCGAGUUAGGCAGACGCGGAGAGAUCAGUAUUGUCUAA